CUGACGCCAGGGGCCGCAGGGUCAGAGCGUGGCUUUGAAGCCGGGUCCGCUUCCACCAUGAGCGGCCGAAGUAGAGGUCGAAAGUCCUCCCGUGCCAAAAGCCGGGGCAAAGGCCGCGCCAAAGCCCGAGUCCGCGCCGUUCCCGACGACGCCCCGCGCGACCCGGACCCUCCACAGUGCCAGAGGCUCGGGGAGGACACCAAGGCGGCACAGGUGCAGGCUGGCGCGGGUUGGGGUGGUCUGGAAACCGCUGCGCCCGCGUCGCCCGCGUCGCCCCCGCAGCCCGGGGAGGAGGCUGCCUGCCGGCUCCCGCUGGACUGUGGCCUCGCGCUCCGCGCCCGAGCUGGGGACCGCGGGCUGGCUGCCACCAGGCCCUGCCCGGGGAAGGCCGCAUCUCUCUCAGAGCGCCUGGCAACAGACACUGUCUUCGUGGGAACUGUGGGAACCGUGGGAAGGCCGAAAAAUGCCCCCCGCACUGGGAAUCGGCGUGGCCCUGCUGGGAAGAAGGCCCCAGAAACCUGUAGCGCCAUGGGGAGGGGACCUCAGGCCAUAGCUGGUGGGAAGCCAAAGAAAGGGGCGGCUGGGGAAUGUACCCCCGUCUCAGUAGUGGAGGAAAAGAAGGUGGUGGAGAAGGAUGCAGGGUCAGGCCCCCCGGCGACAGAAGGCAGCAUGGAUACUCUGGAGAACGUCCAGCUGAAGCUGGAGACCAUGAAUGCCCAGGCGGACAGGGCCUACCUUAGGCUCUCUCGCAAGUUUGGGCAGCUGCGACUGCACCACCUGGAACGAAGGAACCUUCUCAUCCAGAAUAUCCCGGGCUUUUGGGGGCAAGCUUUUCAGAACCACCCCCAGCUAUCAUCCUUUUUGAACAACCAAGAUAAAGAGGUACUAAGCUACUUGAACAGCUUGGAGGUGGAAGAGCUUGGCCUGGCCAGAUUGGGCUACAAAAUCAAGUUCUACUUCGGCCGCAACCCCUAUUUUCAAAAUAAGGUGCUCAUCAAAGAAUAUGGGUGUGGUCCUUCAGGUCAGGUGGUAUCUCGGUCUACUCCAAUCCAGUGGCUCCCAGGUCACGACCUCCAGUCCCUUAGCCAGGGAAACCCAGAAAACAACCGUAGCUUCUUUGGUUGGUUUUCAAAUCACAGCUCUAUUGAGUCUGACAAGAUUGUUGAGAUAAUCAACGAGGAACUGUGGCCCAAUCCCCUGCAGUACUACCUUAUGAGUGAAGGGGCCCGUGGAGAGAAAGGAAAGGAGGGCAGGCCAGGUCCAGCAAAGCAGCCAGUGGAGACCCCUGAGCCUGGGGUAAACCAGUCCAACUGAUCCUGCACAAGUCUCCAUACUACCUCCUGCUGGACCUGUUCCUGGCUGACUACAUGUGUGUUUGGCUCUCUGCCCUCUCUUCAUGUUGGCCUCUCUGUACUAUAGCCCAUUUGGACUUUAGUUGCAAGAAUAUGGCAUUUUUGAUCUCGUUCUUUUGCCUCCCCAUGGCCUACUUGCUUUUUUACAAUGGUGCCACAUGCAAUGGGAUUUCACCCCUGCUGUUUGUUAUGUUAAGCACUUAUACAUCAGCUGUGUGCCGCCUUUCUCUACAUUGCCUAGGCCUUGUUCUUGGCUCUGAUCUUUCCCACUGUCUUUAACAUGGACACUCAUGAGUCAUCCUCCAGGAAGGCCAGAACAGACUCAGGCUCUGAUACUUCACAGCCAGUCAUUUGCUGGGCUUCAUGUUCAUGCUAGCCAUGCAUGUCGUCAGUGGCAAACUUUUCUGUUGCCACUGCAAAAUGAGGCCAGUGUACAAGGCAUUGGUCAUCAGCCAGAACGUAUUGCUCUGUGGGUCUUGGGGCACCAGUCAAGAUACUACCUACUUUUAUCUCCAGCUCUGGCUUGAGGUCUGUGCUGCCCACCUGCUGAACAUCCAGCAGAAUGGCAUUUGACUGCUAGGCAUGGACGAGGUCAAGGGCAAGAAGCAGUAUGCCAUGUGUUCUCUACCAUCAUGUCUCUUCUUGCCUCUGGACACAUCUCCUGGUGAACCUUCUUCAGGGUCUGGCCAAACUUGGUCACUGUCAGGUCAUUGGGUUUUGUCUGGGUUGCAUUGGCCCCAAUUGACUUCCUGGUCAACAAGAACCUCAAGAACUGCCUGUGGACCCAGGCACCAUGCCAGUGCAUGAGCCACAUAUCUGCACUCCCCAUACUUCCAGGAACCCUACUGGCUGCCAGACUGAUGGGCGGGUUGGUAUGUGUGGCCCAGUGCUCACUGUCAUCAUACUGUGGCUACAGGUGAGGGUGGGGCUACCUUUGUCAAAUAGGUACCUUUGUCAGCAUUCCUUAUCCUCUUUCCUAAAAUAUCAGAAUGCUGGGGAAGAGGAAUUUCUUAACUUUCUACUUGACUUCAUCUCACAUCUUCAUGCUUCAGCUUCCUCACCUCCAUCUUAACUUCCCUCCAACUCUGUUUCCCCUUUUCUUUCCUCCCUUUUCUACUACUCUCCUCUUUUUUUCUUUUCUCCUCCCUUUCAACCUUCCUUUUCUUAACCUUUCUCCUUUUUUUGUUUCAAUAGUACCAUAUCUCAGAAAACAAAACAAAAACAAGAACAGGUUUUUCUAUACACAGUUAGGGAGAUAGCUGGGAAGUUGGUGUGCACACUCACAUGCUAGACUGAAAUAGGGUAGAGGAAACCAGAACACCACUUGGUCUGUGGUCAAAUGCUGGUCCUGACCUCCUUGGCUCACUAUGCAGUUUUGAAGUUGAAACCCCUUUUAUGCCUAUUCAUCUGCUAGAAUUAGAAAUCCCAAGGCAGCAGUGUUGCCUACUCUUGCCCUUUUUAAAAAAAAUUUUUUUAUGUGCAUACCCCUUAAGAAUCAGGGGCCUUCUGCUGUCCUUUGUGGUAGUCAGUCACCUGGAUGCUCAGCACCCAGCUUUUUCACUUUCAGCAGACAUGUUCUCUUUGCCUUCAAAUCCCAUGGGAGUAGGCUUUAAACUCCAGCAUGGAGGAUCCCAGGUCAUGAGUUUGGGCAUGGGCAGAAUCUGUUCUAGAUCUUUAGGUUAUUUCAAGUGAAUGUGCAAGCUGAACUGAGCCCUUCCUGCCCAGGCUUGUCUGUCCUCUUUCCCCCUCAUCCCUGAGGGUGGGAAGUAAGACUAAGUCUAUACCUGCUGUCCCCCUAACUUCCCUUACCUUAUAGAGGACCUCAUCCUAAAUUCUGCAGUAGAGUCAUUGACUAAAGUUGUAGUGAGAGGAUGCUAGGCAGGAAAAUCAGCAAAAACGUAGAGUAGGCAUGAACUGGUGUAGAGUGGACCUGAAAAAGCAGGAAUGGUUUGAGAAACUGCAGGGAUUUCUAAUUCCUCCCAGUAAUGGAGGGAACAGGAGGAACCUUUCUCAGGGUUAGGAAAGAGGAAUUAAAAGGGUUGUUGGUAAACAGGUUGCCUAGGCAAGGGUGGGUCCAAAGUUGUGUCCAAUCUGUAUCUUCAUUAGUGUCUUUAUUUUUGAACCACAAAAACCAAAACCAAUAUUAAUUUGUGUACUUUUUCUUGGUUUAGAUGUGGCCUUGUAUAUGUGGAAGAUGAAUGCUAUAUGCUGCACAUUUCACCUCUUAAGUAAAAUGUUAACCACUUUUCCUGUUUUUGCCUCAUGGCAAAAGUGAAAAUAGAGUGGUUCAAAUCUGCUUUAAAAAAGAAUAUUUCCCCCCCCCCGGGCGUGGUGGUGCAUGCCUGUAAUCCCACUGGCUUGGAAGGCUGCAGCAGCAGGAGGAUUGCAAGUUCAAAGCCAGCCUCAGUGAAUUUAGCA